AACGUCCAGUGCCGAGGGCAUUAUGGGUAAUUAGAAGAUAGGCACGUGACGUCCUUUGUUAUUUCUUCUUCUUCUUCUUCCUCUCUCACUCAGGUCAGGUCCACCAACUGGUCUGAUCCCAAUUGUCGCCAACGGACUUUCCUUCGUCCUGAAGCAUUAUAUAUUUCGUACGUCUAACUACCUUUGUCGGGGUGCUCAUAGACGACCUUCCGUGACGGCUCGGGCAGAUUCUAAUCGUCGACGGAGUUCAGUUACACCGUUCGAGUUGAGCAUGGGCAAGAGGAGAUGGUUAAUGUUGGCUACUUGUUUAUGUCUGAUAGCCUUUUCGGACGGGAGAGAACUCAAGGCGAAACACGUAAAUCGACAUUCCCUCUACAACCAUACACUUGCUACAAUAUUAGUGCAAUAUGCUUCUGCGGUAUACUUGUCAGAUUUAACAGAACUUUUUACUUGGACGUGCUCCAGAUGCGAUGGUUUGACCAAGGGAUUUGAAAUUAUAGAGUUGGUUGUUGAUGUUCAACAUUGCUUACAGGGUUUUGUUGGCAUGGCAAAGGAUCCUGCUGCCAUCAUCAUUGCUUUCAGAGGAACACAGGAAAGCAGCAUUCAGAAUUGGAUUGAAGAUCUAUUUUGGAAGCAGCUUGAUAUAGAUUAUCCUGGCAUGUCUGAUGCAAUGGUACAUCGUGGAUUCUAUUAUGCGUACCACAAUACAACAUUGCGACCUGCAAUUUUAAAAGCUCUAGAAAGAGCAAAAAGUGUGUAUGGAGAUACUAAAAUUAUAGUUACGGGGCAUUCAAUGGGGGGAGCAAUGGCAUCCUUUUGUGGACUUGAUUUAGUGGUCAAUCAAAAUGCCCAGGACGUUCAGGUUAUGACAUUUGGACAACCUCGUGUUGGCAAUGCUGCUUUUGCAUCUUACUAUAGUGAACUCGUACCCAAUACAAUCCGUGUCACCAAUGGCCAUGAUAUGGUUCCACACCUGCCUCCAUACUAUUAUUAUUUCCCCAGGAAGACGUAUCACCACUUCCCAAGGGAGGUGUGGCUCCAUAACAUUGGAUUAGGAAGUCUUGUUUACAGAAUUGAGAAGAUUUGUGAUGGAUCUGGAGAGGAUCCAUCUUGUAGCAGGUCAGUGAGUGGGAGUAGCAUCCUAGAUCACUUAUCAUAUUAUGGUAUUCAAAUGGGUUCUGGACAGCCAGGGACAUGCAGGAUUGUCAUGGGUCCUCAAGCUGCGGACAACAGCAUCAGAGAUUCAAAUGGAAAUAUCUUCUUGUCUAGAGAUCCAGCUUUUCCCCUUCAAGAAUUGCGUUCUGAGUUUGAUAAUCAGGGAAAGAGGAUUAGUGUUGAAUGAAUCAAUUGUGGAGGAAUCAUUCUUCUGAUUUAUUCUUUCAGCAGGGUCCCAAAAGGCAUGAGCCACAAAGAAGAUGGCUUAGGACUUGAGGGAGUUUAUGUACAUAAUUAUGUAAUCUUGUGUAUCUUCAUCCACUAUAAAGACACGCAUUCUUUAGUUCAUAAAAUUCUCCUCUAUCUCAAAAGUUGUUUAUAAGUAAAUUUUCAAGCGAAAA